UGAGAAGUGAUCAGGACUAGGAAGAAGGCGUACCUCCUACUGUCCAUCUCACAUGGCCGGUGCUGAGCCGCGGGCGGUGACGUCGCCCUUGGGGUGCCAGCCUCCUCCCAGCCCGGGCCACCCUAGGAGGUGUCCGCUGUGGCCCUGAGCCUACAGUUCACGCCCAUGUCUUUCAGAUUUCUCGGCCUAUCACGGAACCGACUGCUGGACUUACCAUUAUUCUGAAAAGCCCAUGAACUGGGCAAACGCUAGAAAGUUCUGCCAACAGAAUUACACAGAUCUGGUUGCCAUUCAAAACAAGGGGGAGAUCGAGUACCUGAACAGGACCCUUCCCUUCAGUCGCACCUACUACUGGAUAGGAAUCCGGAAGGUAGGGGGCGUGUGGACCUGGGUGGGGACCAACAAGUCCCUCACGGCCGAAGCCGAGAACUGGGGAGAUGGGGAGCCCAACAACAAGAAGUCGAAAGAGGACUGCGUGGAGAUGUACAUCAAGAGGAGCAAGGACGCGGGGAAGUGGAACGACGACGCCUGCCACAAGCCCAAGGCCGCGCUCUGUUACACAGCUUCUUGCCAGCCCUGGUCCUGCAGCGGCCACGGCGAGUGCGUGGAAACCAUCAAUAACAACACCUGCGCCUGUGACGAGGGCUACUACGGGUCCCAGUGCCAGCUCCUGACGCAGUGUGAGCCCCUGCAGGGCCCAGAGCUGGGCACCGUGACCUGCGUCAACCCUCUGGGAAGCUUCAGCUACAGCUCGCAUUGUGUCUUCAGUUGCUCGGAGGGGACAGGACUCGUGGGGGUUGGAGAAACCACCUGUGGUCCGUUUGGAAACUGGUCGUCUCCUGCGCCCACCUGCCGAGCAAUUCCGUGUGAGCCUCUAACAGCACCUGAUUUGGGGACCAUGGACUGCAGUCACCCCCUGGACAACUUCAGCUUUAAGUCAGUGUGCACCUUCAACUGCUCAGAAGGAACUGAGUUAAUCGGGGAGAAGAGAACCACCUGUGGAUCGUCUGGACUCUGGUCGAACCCCAGUCCAGUCUGUCAAAAACUGGACAGGAGCUUCUCGCUGAUCAAGGAGGGAGACUACAACCCCCUCUUCAUCCCAGUGGCCGUCAUGGUCACUGCAUUCUUGGGGUUGGCAUUUAUCAUCUGGCUGGCAAGGCGAUUAAAAAAAGGCAAAAAGUCUCAGAAAAGCAUGGAUGACCCAUAUUAAGUCACGCCCUGGGACAGAAAGUUCUGGGAUCCCUGCGCACCCCCGGAUUCUUCCAAGCCUCCGUGAGAAGCUCCGCACAGCGCUGCCUCCUCCACCGAGAGGACCCGCGUCUCGCUCAGCGCAGCUGGAGCGCUUUCUACGGGACCAGCAGCUGCUUCUGCACCCCUGCCCCCUGCCCCCCCAGCCCUGCUGUGGUUUAUGUGGUUCAGUGUUUUAUUCCCUUUCCUGUGGAGAAACAAGCCCAAAGGGGAAAGGAUUCCGUGGAACAUAAAGACAUCCAGUGACCCUC